AACUGGCCCUCAAACCACAAGCAAGGCGGAUUACCUAGGUAUGAAGUCUAAGCUUGUCAUGAGGUCCUAUGAGGCACCGGCCCGGGCCACGGAGGGCGGCACUCUGUGAUCCGGGGGGGAGCGUCCCGUGAGACGUGCGCAUGGACUCUCUUCGGAGGGUUGGUGCGCACAGGCCCCAGCGGAGGGGGCGGGGAGCUCUCCAGGUGCGGAGGAUCACCUGGGAAAAUGGGGAGAGGAGGAACUGGCUCUCGAACCACAAGCAAGGCGGAUUACCUAGGUAUGAAGUCUAAGCUUGUCAUGAGAUCCUAUGAGGCACCGGCCCGGAACACGGAGGGUGGCACUCUGUGAUCCAGGGGGGAGCAUCCCGUGAGACGUGCGCAUGGACUCUCUUCGGAGGGUUGGUGUGCACAGACCCCAGCGGAGGGGGCGGGGAGCUUUCCAGGUGCGGAGGAUCACCUGGAAAAAUGGGGAGAGGAGGAACUGGCUCUCGAACCACAAGCAAGGCGGAUUAUCUAGGUAUGAAGUCGAGCUUGUCAUGAGGUCCUAUGAGGCAUCGGCCCGGGCCACAGAGGGCGGCACUCUGUGAUCCGGGGGGGAGCGUCCUGUGAGACGUGCGCAUGGACUCUCCUCGGAGGGUUGGUGUGCACAGACCCCAGCGGAGGGGGCGGUAAGCUCUCCAGGUGCGGAGGAUCGCCUGGUAAAAUGGGGAGAGGAGGAACUGGCCCUCGAACCACAAGCAAGGUGGAAUACCCAAGGAGGAAGGUUACUCUUUGGGUCCGCUCGGUCCCUACAAACUUCUUGACACUGGUAAUAUGCGGUCGGUUUCGUAUCCCAAUCCGCCUAUGGCUAGGUGGCCCCCCCUCGUUGCGAGGCGGCGUCAUUGACCCAUGGGUUGGGGAGGGUAGGAUUCAGGCUUAUUGGAACCAGGGAAAAAGAGGAGAACCCAAUCGGAUCACUCCUCGCAAGGGGUCUGAACCAACUGGGUGCUCAACCACUGCCAUAAAGAAGUUGAUGUCGGUGCAACUUGCAAAACUCAUAUGCAGUGGUUGAGACGGUCGACUCUUUUUCAGGGGGAAAGCUCGAAGCUCACUUGAGGCCAAAAACCUGGAAUGAGACCCAUGUUGACUGUGGACGAUCUCGGUCGGACGCAGGACGAUGCACGGGUACCUGAACAUGUUAGUAGGUCAAGGACGGUGUGUCCUAGAGUUUUCUUAACGUGGAAUGACAAUCGGAAGCAUGGUGAUGCCACGUGGGAGUUAAUGCUUUCGUGGUGCAUGGGAGAAAUCGCCGGACUAUUUCAGUUACGGUGGAUGUCUCUAGCAUCGUGUCUUUCCACUCACGAUGAGAUGGCUCGACCGCAAUGUCGAGUCUGGGUUGGUAGUGCCUCUGGUUUGAGUGUCAGACUUCGGUUUGUCGCACUCGGUAGAUGUAACCCAACUCGUAUCUUAUCGUGGCUGCAAUGGGAUGGCUCGGUGGCAACGCCGGGUUCUGUGCUGGUUUGUUUCUCUGGUUUGAGCGUGAGGCCUCGGUCCUGUAGCGCUCGGUAGAGGAAACACAGCCCACUCACAUCUCGUUGUGGAGGUUGAGGAAGCCCGUCUCCUUAGCCACUCGGAUACGUGAAAGGCAUCGCUUGCUCAAACUGGAAGCCAGUGUGUGGCAUGUUAAAGUCCCGUACCCAUAAUCUAAUAAACGAGCACCACACAAAAAAGGGGAAGGCGCUAAGAGUAUGGAAAAGGGUUGAUGUUGCCCUUGGUCAUGCCCUAAAAGACAAGAUGGAGCCCAAGUCGGGUACCCUGGGCCUAGCUGGCGGAUACUGGGACACUGGUGGAACGGAGUAAAGCAAGCGUUGUCGAGUACCAUAUCUGAGCCCGAUACGUAAGAGGGGCAUACCGAACUGAGCCAAACGGCCACUGGGGCCCGAAUCCCGGCUAUCCAGCUUUAUGCGGAGGUGGUUGAAUCGGUGCAAGGCAACCAGCCGAAGUAACGAAGGGAGGUAUGUCCCACUUGCUGUACGGCCUUGAGAAGGAUGUGCUUGCGUCCUAGGUGGCAUAAAAACCACCUAGGCACUAGCACGGAGCUCUCUUGGAAUUGUCAAGAAAUGAGACUGUGAUGGGAUCGGGUUGGCUUGUCCCGACGAUCAGUGUGAUGAUCUUCUUGGACGGGCUUGCCCAACCUCGGAGCAUCUUGAGGAGCAAUGCUGUUUGCUGACGCGUGAGGGGCCACUUCUUAAGCAAACCUACCAGUGCGGUAGGCGAUCGGUUCGGUGCAUCCUACUUCCUGUAUAAGUAGGCGGCGGGCACAAACCGGUCAGCGGCAGUGGUCAGAGCCGAGAUGGGGAAUUGGACCUAUAGAGGAUGCCCUCUGGCCCAUGAAACCCGGCUUAUUACGACAGUGG